GCCAUUUUCCCGCCGCACCGACCGCGCUCCGCUCCGGGAUGUCGGCGCCCUCGGCCCCCGCCGCCCCUCCCCCCGCCGCGGCCGAAGGGGGCGGAGCCGCCGCCCCUCCCCCCAACCUGACCAGCAACCGGCGCCUGCAGCAGACCCAGGCCCAGGUGGACGAGGUAGUGGACAUCAUGCGGGUGAACGUGGACAAGGUCCUGGAGCGUGACCAGAAGCUGUCCGAGCUGGACGAUCGCGCCGACGCGCUCCAGGCCGGCGCCUCCCAGUUCGAGACCAGCGCCGCCAAACUCAAGCGCAAGUACUGGUGGAAGAACCUCAAGAUGAUGAUCAUCCUGGGCGUGAUCUGCGCCAUCGUUCUCAUCAUCAUCAUCGUCUAUUUCAGCACCUAACGGCACCGGCCACGCCCCCUCCCGCUCGAGGCCCCGCCCCUGCGCGCUCGAGGCCCCGCCCCCUUCUCAGGCCCCGC